AUGUCCACCGCCACCGCUUCCAACGCUCCCAGCUUCAAAAUCGUUGGUAAAUUCGAUUCUGUACCUGUCGUUCACGAUUCAGUCACUUAUGCUCAACAACUCCUUCAAUCAAACGAAUACACUGCAAAACUAUACGCAACUGCUCUUGCUCUCGCGAACAAAUCGUACGAAGUCGCUACUCCGGUUCUUGUAAAGACUAAACCCAUCUUGGAAUCUGCAGAUGGUCUAGCCGUUGCUACCUUCGAGAGAGCUGAAGCUACUUUCCCCUAUCCAUUCAAAACCCCUACUCAAGAUUUGGUAGUAGUCAAACAAGCCAAAGGUAUCUAUGAUGAUCGAGUUCACCCAUACAUCAUUUCUGCUCAACCCGUUCUUUCAGAUGUCCUGAACAAGACUUCUCAGAUCAACUCUGCUAUUAGCUCUCGAGCCGUAGCUACCAUCCACACAUCUCAAGACCUCGCUCAUUCCCUUAUUGAGCAAUUGAAACAUCUUGCAGAACACGGACAAGGUCUUCCAGGAGCACUGAUCAAUGGUGUUGGUAAAGUAACUGGUGAUCUGAAGGAGAUCGUGUUCGCUAAAGAAACGACUGUCCAAGAUAAAUCAAACAAGCUUGCUGCCUAUGUCAAGGAUCACGCUAAACCUGUCAUUGAGGAGAUAUACAAUUACGUCAAUGCAGCUAAGCUUAAAGCCGAAGAAGAAGCUCAAAGAGCUGGAGAAGUCGCUAAUGGUACCAUUGAGAACGCUACAUCUUGA